AUGUAUCUGCUCCAAUUUCUCAUGGCCCUGGUGGCGGGAACUUCUCUCGGGUGUGCAGCAGCCUCUGAAGUAAUCAGACCUGAAGCUGACACAUGUACAGUGCUGGCAUGUGGCACUCCCGGACGCGAUGGUUUACCAGGCAGAGACGGUGCCAAAGGAGAGAAAGGAGACCAAGGUACUGACACUUUACAAAAGCAAGUGGAUGCUUUGGAAAACAAAAUCCUGGCACUUCAAACUCAAUUUAACAAUUACAAAAAUGCGGUGCUACUGCAGGGGUUGAAAGAGGGACAGAAGACUUUCAUUUCAACUCGCCAGCGCGACACUUACACCAGUGGCAAAGCCCAGUGUGUGAAAGCUGGAGGGACCUUGGCCUGCCCCAAGAAUGCUGCUGAGAACUCUGCCCUGCAAGAGCUAGCACUGAAGGAUGCCAUGUUUGCUUUUAUCGAUGUAACCGAUAUCCAAAGGGAGGGCAAAUUUAUGUAUGCAAAUGGGGAGCCGGUGAGCUACACAAACUGGAAAGAAGGAGAGCCCAAUAACGCCCACGGAAUCGAGGACUGUGUUCUUAUCGUACCUGAAUUUGGACUGUGGAAUGAUUGGAACUGUGAUGCGAGAGAGCUCAUAAUUUGUGAAUUCUGACCCGUUUACAAAGAGAGCUACGUUUCAGGGUUCUGCAUGUUCUAGCACUGGGGAGUAUCGCUUUACAUUUCAGGCUGGAUGACGGGAAAGAGAAAGUGAGGCUCCCCGACAUGACAUAGCCCCACCUACUUUGUUUGGGCUUUUUGAAAAAAAUCACCAAUUGCUCGUCCCUAUACUAUUGUAAUGCUCUAUUGCAGGGGUCCCCGACUUCUUUGAGCCCUUAGACACUCUGGGAAUUCUGACAGUGUGGUGGGCGCAGCCACGAAAUGUCUUCCACAGGACCCAGCCACACAACAGAUGCUGCCACUUUCAC